CAGUCGCUUCUAUUUGCCUUUGCUCCAAUUUGCGUGUGACAGAAGUGAGACAACGAGCGUGGUUACGAUUACCGCCGAACGAAAUCCGAUCUUUGAUAAAACUCGCAGCCGGCCAUGACUUUGCGUGUCUUUCUGGCGUAAGAGGAACAAAAUGAGGUUUACGCGCUUCUUGUUGUUGAGUUUUGUUGGUUUAAGCUUUAUGUGCUUCAUCGCCACUUUACUGCUUCCAAAAAUCAACGAACGGAACUUGAUCCACUUACCGUCCAAGACGUUUUCAAGGUACGCAGAAUUUCUUCGCACAAAACUCAGUCCGUCCACGCUGAUCGAAAAUCGUUACGUGCAAGCAGCAAGCAACGACUUACGCCAGGUGUCUUCUUCAACGGAACCGCAGGAGGGCGACGCUGAAUCUAAGAGUGUUAAAGCCGUUGAUCGCGAAAUUGAAGGACUGCUGAACGCUACAAAGCGACAAUCUGAAGAGCUGGAAUUAGAAGAUGAGGAUGAAAUCCAAGAAACGUCUACAGAAGAAAGCCAAGUGCAAUACGAUGAACUAAGUUGCACGCCUCAAAAAAGUAUCGCCUUCCUCAAAACCCACAAAACUGGAAGCAGCACACUCACAAAUAUCCUGAAUCGUUAUGCGGACCUCAGAGAACUCAGCAUAGCACUUCCGAGGGAACAUUUGUACCGCUUUGGCUGGCCAGGUUACUUCAGUUGGAGGAGUGUGGACAUGUUCCGAUUGAACGGACAGCCAGCUCAUAUCCUUUGUAAUCACGCUCGAUACUAUAGACCUGCAAUGGACAUUGUGAUGCAGAGCGACACAAAGUAUAUUACGAUUUUGCGCGACCCGGCUAAUCAAUUUGAGUCCACUUUUAACUACAUGGAACUGUAUCGUGAUUUAAAUUUGGCGAAGUUUUCAAAUCCAAUGGAGGUUUUUCUGAAAAAUCCUUAUGGACACCUUCAAAACUUAACAAAAAGGGUGAGAUCCCUACCUGAAUCGAUGAAUUUGGUGAGAAACGGAAUGUUCUUUGAUUUAGGUUUCUCGUCAUUAAUGGGCAGCAGGAAAGACAGUGAACUUCAUAACGCUAUCGCAAACAUUGAGAAGGAAUUUUCAUUGGUUCUCAUAAUGGAAUAUUUCGAUGAGAGCCUCGUUCUUCUCAAGCGAGAAUUCUGCUGGGACUUAGACGAUGUGAUUUACAUCAAACAAAAUCAACGAAAAUACGGCAAUAAUACGUCGCAUAAAAAUAUUUCUGCGCGACUCAAGCACAGGAUAAGGAACUGGAACCGAGCCGAUGCGUUACUCUACAAACACUUCAAUAAGACAUUCUGGGAGAAAGUCAAACAGCAUGGGAGAGGAUUUUACCAAGACCUUGCAGAAUUGAAGCGCAAAAAUUUGGAGAUGUAUCGUGACUGUGUUUCCCCUGAGGAAGUGACAGAAACUGCGUUUCGACUGAGUGGAAAAAUACGUGGUUUCAAGCUAAAUGAUGGCGUUUCGCGGUUCAAUAGAUACCUAUGUGAAAAGCUGCUCACAAACGAAAUAGACUACAUUAACUAUUUUCGCCGAAAGUUAAACCCUCACUCAGAGUAUCAAAAGCAACUGAGAGCCGCAGGAAAAGCACCUUAUACACCGGGUGAAAAUAGCAUUAGUGAAAGAAUUCGCGCGUUUCAAAGCAAACAGGUCCAAAUUAACGCAGGAAAUCCUGUUCCGAAGCCGAAGCCGUAGUCACAGAAGUCUAGUCGAGGAGCAUAUCACUUCCCCUAAGGGCAUUUUUAAACGAUCUCGCGGAAAGAGACGUUUACUUCGUCUAUCAAUAUAGAACGUUUUUAUGAGUUCUGGCCGAACAUGAACCAAGGAAACAUUCGUAUGUAUUUAGGAGAUGAACAGAAAUAUGUCUAAUUGGCCCCUGUGGUCAUGCAAAUGAACUACUCAUGUGCGUAAAAACGCUCUAGCCGUAAUGGAACAGUGACAAAAGCUGGGUGGCUGGUGGUUUGUUUAACGCUUCAUAAAAUUUAUUCAGCGGAACUGCGAAAUCAAGCAGGUUUCUCCUAUUCAGCCGGUGCAAGGUUCUCAUUCCAUGGUCCUUUAUAUUAAUGUAAAUUUUGAACCAUGCCGUAUACGAACUUUGCAUAGAAUGAAAUAUAAUUGUAUCCAUCAAUAAUGAACUGGGCCGAGCCCGAAAAGGUUUAAAAGCCAUAAUCCUAAACUUUGCUCUUUUUGUCCAUGUUUCAUGCUAGCCAAACUUCCCUGCAAGCGAAAAUAAGGAGGCAUGCUCGGCGAGCUUGAGUCGAUUUCAACAUGAACAGCAAUCAUCCUUCCAUUGUAAACCAGUCUUUUUUUAAGUAUUUUCGCCAGGAUUUUCACCUUUGGAGCAGGCAAUCACAAUCUACCUGUUUUGUCGCACGAAGUUCCUCUUCAAGCUACGAACGCUGAACUGCUGUUGUCAACAUUCAUAUUCAGGGACCUGUUAUUUUUAUAACCCGGAUGGGGAGGGGAAAGAGGACUUUGAUUGUGUCAAGAUGAAUUUACCUGACAAAGCGAUACAUAAUGUCUGGUCCAAGAGUAUUUGCGAAACGUACGUGAGCGGAGCCAAAUCUGAGGAACUUCCCAAUUCCAUUUUUCGGUGAAGAGUUCAGGACCAAUGGCAGGUUCAUCUUUACCAGAAGUAGAGGUAAUCGAUAUUUUAGUGCCGGUAACAAUUGAGGAAAUCCUGUACAUAAAUUCUAUCUUUCUGACACUAUAGACAAGUUUUGUAAGCAAAGAAGACUGUUUUUAGCUUAAUAAUUUGGAUAUAUCAAUAAAGUUGAAGUGGUAAA